CAUAUAUUUCAUUUUCAUUUUUGUAUUAGUUAUUUCAGCAAUUCUUGAAAAAAAACUUAGUUUUCCUUUAGAAGUAUAUUUGAAAAAGAAUAAAAAAAUCUCUUGUUUUCUUACAAGCUGGGAUUAAGAAUGAUCUCCCAGCUUUGGUUUUUCAGAUUUGCAAGCUGAUAGGUGUGUGAAUCAGUGUACAAAACAACCUUAUUUCUCCAAGAUUCCUUAAAUUCCUGUGGGAUUCUUGCAGAAUAUUCCAUCAGUUCAGACAGCAAUGAAUCAGUAAAACAGGCAGCCUCAAAUUCAGCACAAGUGUUGGUUGGAUCACAGUUUCAAGGAUGUCAUUGUGUUUCCAACCAUUCCACUAUGCAUCAAAGAUAAAAUGUUGUGUGAGAAAACACACAAGAAGCCAGAGCCAAGGCAGGAAGAAUAAUCCAUCACUAGUGAAAGUUGCAAGUGCUGAGACCACCUCAACUUCCUUCCUCCACAAGCAGUCAUCUGAUGCACUCAUUGGCCCGGGCAAUGGCAUCGGUAUAAUUGGAGGCGUGUCGAUUGAUUCCACCUUGAGUUUCGCAAAAAGGUUGAAAAACUUGCUGUUGGAGGAGGAAGGCAGUAGCCCUCCUUUCAUAUUAUGUUCUGAUCCAUCUCUCAGCAAGGAGCUUUCAUCCCUUGACAGAAGCUCAUCUCCCUUCUCCUCUGCCAAACCGGAAGCCAACUGCAGCACCAUCGUGGAGAAUCUGAGGCAGAAACAAGCUUUUCUUGACAGGUCCGGAGUGUGCUGUGUGGUGAUGCCCUGCCAUAUCUCACAUUCUUGGCAUGAUGAGAUUAAAGAGGGGUGUUCGGUUCCAUUCCUCCACGUUGGUGAGUGCGUGGCCAACGAGCUCAAGCAAGCCCAGUUGAAGCCACUUGAGUCUGGAAGCCCUCUUCGUAUUGGAGUUCUUGCAACUAAUCCAAGUCUGCUGCCUACAAUCUAUCAGGAGAAACUCGAAAACAAGGGCUUUGAGGUUGUGCUGCUGGAUAAGGCCACAGUGGAGCAUACCGUGAUCCCUGCAGUCGAAGCGUUGAACAGAAAAGACUUCGAAGGCGCACAGAAUUUGUUCAAAAUUGCUCUACAAGUUCUGUUGAUGAAAGCUGUGAACAGAGUCAUCCUUGCUUCAGAUCAUCUUGAGCAGCUCUUGCCACCAGAGGAUCCCUUGUGGACUAAAUGCAUAGAUCCGAUGGAUGCUUUAGCGCGCUCGUCUCUCAAGUAUGCUCGGUCACCAGAGACGGGUAUAUAGAGAUACCAUUCUUCUUGCCUAAAGGCACAUAUAUAUAUAUAUAUAUAUAUAGUAUAUAUACAUAUAUACACCUCUACACAAGCCAUAUUAGAAUGUUGAUCAAUGCUUGAUUCCAACAUUGAUUCUUGGACUUGAUUCGUUUGAUAUAUUAUUAUGAUAAAGUAUUAUUUGAUGCUGGAUUUUGUUAGUAUCUAUUCCAA